GGGGGCAGGGCGAGGCGGGCGGCCGCAGCGGGAGCGUCUCGUGAUGACGGCGGCGGUCCGUGUUGUUGUAAAGAUGGCGGACGAAGCGGGAGACGGGGUGCGCUCCGGGCAGACGCCGAGGAACAGCGCCAACUCCACGGCAACCGCCGGGAUAGCCGGCCCCUGCGCCGUGGCCUCGGGUCCCAGGCUGGUCCGAAUCGUCAAGUCGGAGUCGGGCUACGGUUUUAACGUCCGGGGCCAGGUGAGCGAGGGAGGCCAGCUCCGCAGUAUCAACGGGGAGCUGUACGCGCCGCUGCAGCACGUCAGCGCCGUCCUGCCGGGAGGAGCCGCCGACAGAGCCGGGGUCUCGAAGGGGGACCGCAUUCUCGAAGUGAAUGGUGUGAAUGUGGAGGGCGCGACUCACAAGCAGGUGGUGGAGCUGAUCCGGGCGGGGGACCGGGAGCUGCUCCUCACCGUGCUGUCCGUGCCGCAGCACGAGGCUGACAGCCUGGACCCCGGGGACGAGGCUGGCCAGGUCUUCCACGACUACAGCGAGAAGCAGGCUGUGCCCAUCUCCAUCCCCACGUACAAGCACGUGGAGCAGGGCACGGAGAAGUUCGUGGUGUACAACGUGUACAUGGCAGGCAGGCAGCUGUGCUCCAAGCGGUACCGCGAGUUCGCCAUCCUGCACCAGAACAUCAAGAAAGAGUUUGGCAGCUUCACCUUCCCCAGGCUGCCCGGGAAGUGGCCCUUCAACCUGUCCGAGCAGCAGCUGGACGCGAGGCGCCGCGGCCUGGAGGAGUACCUGGAGAAAGUCUGCUCCGUGCGAGUGAUCGGGGAGAGUGACAUCAUGCAGGAGUUCCUGUCUGAAUCUGACGAGAAUUACAAUGGCGUUUCGGACGUGGAGCUGAGGGUAGCCCUGCCAGACAAGUCUACCGUGACAGUGCGAGUGAAGAAGAACAGCACCACGGACCAGGUCUACCAGGCCGUGGCCUCCAAGGUUGGCAUGGACAGCAUCACAGCGAGCUACUUUGCCCUGUUUGAGGUGAUCAACCAUUCGUUCGUGAGGAAGCUGGCUCCCAACGAGUUCCCUCACAAGCUGUACGUACAGAACUACACCUCGGCUGUGCCCGGGACCUGCCUCACUGUCAACAAGUGGCUCUUCACCACGGAGGAGGAGGUGCUGCUCAACGACAAUGACCUGGCCAUCACCUACUGCUUUCACCAGGCGAUGGAGGAUGUGAAGAAGGGCCACAUCAAGGCUGAGGAGAAAGCCUACCAGCUUCAGAAACUGGCAGAGCAAAAGAAGAUGGGAAUGUAUCUGAGCAUGCUGCGCUCGUGCGAGGGCUACAAUGAGAUCCUCUUCCCGCACUGCGCCUGUGACUCGCGGCGGAAGGGUCACGUAAUCACGGCCAUCAGCGUCAAGCACUUCAAACUGCACGCCUGCACUGAGGAGGGGCAGCUGGAGAACCAGGUGAUUGCGUUCGAGUGGGAUGAGAUGCAGCGGUGGGACACUGACGAGGAGGGCAUGGCGUUCUGCUUUGAGUACGCCCGCGGAGAGAAGAAACCGCGCUGGGUCAAGAUCUUCACCCCCUACUUUAACUACAUGCACGAAUGCUUUGAGAGGGUAUUCUGUGAACUCAAGUGGCGAAAGGAGGUGGAAGAGGAGGUGACAGACCUGGAUAAUCGGAAUUGCAGCAAAGAUGGUAUGUGUAGCAAGAAUAUCUUCCUGCUGUUGAAAUCGCACAGAAGGGAUGGAGACAUCUAGGAGGAGAGAUUGCAACAUCGUAAACUACAGAAAAAACAGAGAAACCUGCAGCUACAAGCAGCAGCAGCAGCAUCGAGAGAGGAAGAAAAAACAAAUUCAAAAAACCAUGAUGCUUUUAAACAUUUGGCGAGAGAGAGGCAAAGCUUUUGGCGUCAACUUCGAAUUCUUGUUCUGCUUGGACUUCUGCUUUUUUACUGUUGUCAUCUUCAUCGAAAUAAUAGCAGUAGUAAUGAUAAGAUUAAAAAAUAAUAAUAUUAAUAAUAAUGAUGAUGAUGAUCCCGGAAGGAUGACUGGGAGACGGACAGUUAGUCUGGAAAAAACUCCACCCUACCUCUGAUCGUUCUGAUGAAACAUCCUGGGGGAAAGUAUAACAAACAAAAAAAAACGGGAAAUCUGUCUGCAGAGACUUUAGAGAGAACAUUGUGAUCCGCUUUCCUUAAUGAGAUGGGACCCCCCACCACCACCUCCCCCUCUCCCUCCCUCCCUUCCUCUCCUCAUGCCACCCCUUUCUUAACCAGGUUCUGCUGCUUUGCUGAGACUGACCCAGCGAGAGUGUGUGAAUCUGGGCAGAGGCUGUGCUGGAGACAGGGGUGUAAAUGUAUACCUCCAGACAGGAUGCAGUCAGCCAGUCCUCUCGGUACCUCUCUGAGGUUGUGACGUUUCCUUCUUGACGUCGUUUUUUUGGCCUCGAUGGUGGCAGGCAGGGACACCACAGAUGUAUAGAAAUCUGAAAAGGAAAAACAUUUCGGUUUUUGUUCACACUCUGCCUCCUUGCUCCGAAAUAAUCAGUGAUUCUUAACUCUGUUUAUAUCGGUCCAGACCAGUUUAACCACAGAGGGGCUUGUUUGGCGUGAGGAGUCAAAGCAACAGCCUCGCGUCCCGUUUUGAUUCCAGCAGCAUUUUAUAUUCCUUCUAAAGCAGGUCAGGAUCCACACCCCAGUUUACAAUGGGCUGUCAUGUUUUAUUGUAGCUCAAAUAGAACAGCAGUACCGCUGCCUCGCAGCAGGGGGUGCUGUUGUCACCCAGAUACACUUUUUAAUCUCUCUCUGUGUUGGUUCACAAUAGUUUGAAUUAAACAAAGCCUGCCCUGGACUGGAGGGAGCGCCCUUUCUGUUAGGGGGGGUGAGGGAGGGAGCAGUUCAGUCUCCGAAAAUGACCAGACCUAAAAUCCCUUUUUUAAAGCAUUAAUUACGAAGCAGGGGUCCCAAUUCCAAGCAUUUGUUUGGAGGGGGGUACGGCUCGUCACGCUAUGCUAACCUUGCUCAAAACCGGGGUGACCCGGGGGGGGG